AGUAACAUUCAGUGUGUAUCUCGAUUCAUGAAUAAAAGAGCAACCAUGGCGCCAUCUAUCUUGAAUAUUAUCAAACAGUUACGUUGAUUAAUUUACAGACCAUAGUGUAAUAUUGUGUAAUGUUUUAAAGGAAAAUAUAAUUAAAAAAAAAUGGGAAAGAAAACUAAAGCGCAGAAUUUAGGAAAAUCUUUAAUCAGAGAUCGUUUUAGUUCUUCGACCGCUAGAAAGUUUCGUGGAGAUGUAUCGAAGCUACAUUCUGAAAAUGUUAACGAUGGAUACGAUUGGGCAUGUCUUAAUCUUCAAUCUGUUACGGAAGAAAGCUCUUUCGAAGAAUUUCUUUCGACUGCUGAUCUUGCUGGAACGGAAUUCAAUGCAGAAAAGUUAAACAUCAAAUUUGUUAAUUUACAAGGUCUACCGGGAUUAUUGAACAAAGAUGAGAAAAAAAAGGUUUUGGAAGCUCACGAAAAAAAUAAAGGAUUUCUUAAAAUACCGAGAAGACCCAAAUGGGAUAGUUCUACUACGGGAGAAGAUUUACAAGCUAGAGAAAAAGAAGAAUUUUUAGAGUGGAGACGUGGUUUAGCUAUGUUACAAGAAGCAGAGGGUCUUAUACUUACACCUUAUGAAAAAAAUUUAGAAUUUUGGAGACAAUUAUGGAGAGUGGUAGAACGUAGCGACGUUAUUGUUCAAAUUGUUGAUGCAAGAAAUCCUUUAUUGUUCCGCUGUGAAGACUUGGAAAAUUAUGUCAAGGAAAUUGAUUCUAAAAAAAUUAAUUUAAUUCUUAUCAACAAGGCAGACUUUUUAACUGACCAUCAAAGACAGUUGUGGGCGGAAUACUUUACAAGCAUUAAUAUGCGAAUUGCUUUUUUUUCCGCUAAGUUAGCUGCGGAAAAUGAGAAAAUUGAGGAAGAAUCGAAUGAGGAUGUUGAAGAUCCCGUUGAUGAGCAGGAAAAUGAUGAUAGUGAUGAGAACUCUAUAAGUAAUGAUGAAAAUGAUGAAAAUGAUGAAAGUAAAGAAGAGUUAUUAGAUAAUGUAAUAGAGAAUACAGAUAUAGAAGAUGAAGAUAAUAAAAUAUCUGAACUUGGAGAAAAUAAAUCAUCAAUUAAUAAUUCUCCAGAAUUAUUAACUAGGGAUAAGUUGAUUUUAUUAUUUAGAUCAAUAUAUAAAGAAAAAACAUAUCUGGAAGGGGUUACAACAAUUGGUAUGGUAGGAUAUCCUAAUGUUGGUAAAAGCUCUACGAUUAAUGCAUUAUUACAAUACAAAAAAGUCUCAGUAUCUGCUACACCAGGCAAAACAAAGCAUUUUCAAACUCUUUUUUUGGAUAAAGAUUUACUUUUAUGCGAUUGUCCUGGUUUAGUGAUGCCGUCGUUUGUUUGUACUAAAGCUGAUAUGAUUUUAAAUGGCAUAUUGCCAAUAGAUCAAAUGAGAGACCAUGUUCCACCAGUUACGUUACUUGGUACGUUAAUGCCUAGAUAUGUACUUGAAGAUAUAUAUGGAAUUAUGCUACCUAUACCAGUAGAAGGAGAGGAUCCAGAUCGAUCACCAACUGCAGAAGAAAUUUUAAAUGCAUAUGGAUAUAAUAGAGGUUUUAUGACACAAAAUGGGCAACCAGAUAAUCCACGAACUGCUCGUUACGUUUUAAAAGAUUUUGUAAAUGGCAAACUGUUAUAUUGCGUUGCCCCACCAACACAAAAUCAAAAUGAAUUUCAUCAGUUUCCACCUCCGCGAAGAAUUAAAACAGAAAAUACUCACAUACCACCUAGAAUGGCUCGUGUAAUAGGGGGAAGAAAAGCUAUGUCUGAAGAAUUGGAUAAAAAAUUUUUAAACCAAGUAUGCAGCGGUGUUCAUACUAGAGGUGUUCUUGGAAAAUCAUCUGGUACACCAUGGAAUAUCAAUCAUAAUGGUGUGGAUUCUGUAGCUGGUUCAAUGCAAAGUCUUUGUAUCGAGGAAAAACCUUGGAAAAAAAUUAAUAAGCAUUGUAAUAAAAAAAAACGGGAAAAGGCUAGAAGAUUAUAUAGUUAUCUUGAUCAACAUUGAUAUGGAAAAAUAUGAUGCACAAAUUAUGAUUUUCCUUAACUUAGGAAAUUAUUAUGUUACAAAGAAUGAGUUCUAUAACAUAUAAGUUACUGAAUUUAAGAAAAAUGAGCAUUCGUUUUCCAUCAAAUAAUAAAAGAAAUUAAUCGUCUGUAUAAUAUACACAAUCAUAUAUAUAUAUAUGUAUAUAAUUAUAAUAUAUAUAUAUAUAAUUAUAUAUAUAUAUAUAUAUAUAUAAUAUAAUAAAGUUAAAAUAUUUUGUUUUUGUAACUUUCAUAUUUAUUUUUAUUAAUAUCUUGCCAAUACAUUGGCAUCCUAUUCCCCAAUACAAUUCUUUUAACUUGGCGCGCAUAUCUUCUAUAAAUUCUAUAUAUGAUACAAAUGUGUCAGAUUUACAAAAUUUAUUUAACCAAAAAUGAUCAUUAUUUAAAUAGGAAGCACUUAUCAUUCGUCUUCAUUGUUACUCUUAAAUCUAUAUCAGUAAAUUCAAGAAACGAUAUAAUAAAAAUUAUAUAUAGUUUUUUAUAAUUUAUAUCGGAGCCUGUGUAAUAACGCUUCAAAGGUAGCAUUACCUUAGUAGAAAAGUACCGUGUGCAAAAUUGUUCUAGCAAAUUUCGAUUCAAAUUCAUGCAACAAUUCAUCUAUAUCAUUGUCUAAGUCUUCGCUAUUGGCCAACUGAAAUGUGAUAAAAUAUAUUAUUAUUCUUUAUAUAUUACUGUCUAUCCUUCGUAAUUAUUGUAGAUAAAUAAUUAUAUAAAUAAAUAAAUGAGAUAUAAAAAUUGUAACAAUUAAUAAAAAGAAAAAGGUUAAAAAUA